GUCCGCCAAACUCGAGCCACAACAAGAUGCUGUUGCGACAGUGCAUGCGAGGGUGCAGGCAUGUGCUCCGACGAGUGCUGCUGCUGCAGCAGCACGGUGCACGUCGUCAGGCUUCAUCAUCCACGAGCAUCAACGACACGGUGCAGGAGCACACGGAGCUGGCAUGGAUCUUAUCGUGCUUCACGCCAUUUGGCGACCUCACCCGCAUGACGCAAUGGAAGGCCAAAGCAUCGCAGGUGAAGGUUGGCACGCUCGGCCUGUUCAGCUACCCCGUCCUUAUGGCAGCAGAUAUCCUCCUCUACAAGGCGACGCUGGUUCCUGUUGGCGACGAUCAGGUACAGCAUCUUGAACUGACGCGCGAUAUUGCCCGCGCGUUCAACGCCCACUACGGCCGCGGUGUGUUUGUUGUUCCGGACUGUGUCCUCGGUGAUUCGCAUCGCAUCAUGAGCCUGCGGGAUCCAACCAAGAAGAUGAGCAAGAGCGACCGCUCUCCGCUCAGCCGAAUCGUCCUCACAGACAGCCCUAAGGAUAUGCGGAAGAAGAUCCAAAAAGCAGUGACAGACAGCCUUGGUCCUCCCAGCUACGACAGAGAGCACCGCCCUGGCGUGUCGAAUCUCAUGGCCAUCUACAGUGUCAUCGCAGACCAGUCGCUUUCUGCUGUUGAAGCGGAGUUUUCGUCCGCCAAUAUGGAGACGUUCAAGUCCACGGUCGCCGAUGCGCUCGUCACGCAUUUCACACCAAUCCAGGAGAGGAUUGCAGCGCUGCGGCAAGAGCCCGGGUACAUUGAGAGCGUGCUGGCCCAGGGAGCCGAGCAAGCGAGGGAGAGGGCAGCAGCCACCAUGGAUGAAGUGAAGCAGGUGGUGGGACUGUCGGGACUCAACGCUCCAGCGAGCGACAGUGUGCAAUAAACAUAAACGCAAAC